AUGUGGUGUCAAUGGUUAUACUUUGCUUUACUGUUGUCAAGUUUACAACUAAGCGUUGGAAAAGCACUAUCUAUUAACGCAAUACCGACUCUAGAUCUUCGACCUGUUCCUAGUGAUGAUUUAGAUGAUAUUAAAGCGCCCUCUUUUCAAGCUGAUUCGCUACCACUGGCACAGACUAUUGAUCAUCCUGCAUUAAGGAAGAAACUAGGCAAAUAUUACGAUCCACAGUAUAUGUCGAUAGGAAAGCCAAGAUUACCCCAUUACUUAGCUAAUAAUACUAACUUGUCACAGUACGUGGUUAAAGUAACAGGAUUAGACGAGAAAACUGUGUUACCACAGUUUAAAGAUUUUAAAUUGACGGGGUAUGAUGGUAAAAUCUAUAAAAUUGGCCGUGACAGUCGUAAAAAAGUUAAAAGGUGGUUAUCGUCGACAACGUUCUGUCGAGUUCAAUAUAAAUGGAUCGAUUUAAGUUCAGCUAUUUGGCCUCGAUAUAUUUUACAGGGAAGUUGUAUUAAUGACAGAUCUUGUUCAAUUCCGCCUGGUAUGACCUGCCGUGGUACAGAGUAUAAAUAUAAAAGAUUAUUAACUUACACAUGUUUAAUCAAACGAUCUCACGAUAAAAAUGGUAAAACAAUUGUUCAUAAGCGUUGUACUUGGAGAAAGUUUAAAUUUCCAAUUCUUACUCGUUGUGAAUGUAAAUGUUAA